CUGGGGGGGCACAGUGUGGAGUGGGGCAGAGUAUGGGGCACAAUGUGGGGCACAGCAUGGGGCACGCUGUGGGACACAAUGUGGGGCACAAUGUGGGGUGUGCUAUGGGGUGCAGUGUGGGGCACGGCAUGGGGCACAGUGUGGGGCACAAUGUGGGGCACAAUGUGGGGCACGCAAUGGGGUGUGCUGGGGGGCACGGUGUGGCGUGGGGCACAAUGUGGGGCACAGCAUGUGGCACGCUGUGGGGCACAAAGUGGGGCACAAUGUGGGGCACAGCAUGGGGCACCAUGUGGGGCACAGCAUGGGGCAUGCUGUGGGACACAAUGUGGGGCACAAUGUGGGGUGUGCUAUGGGGCGCAGUGUGGGGCACGCUGUGGGGCACGCUGUGGGGUGAGCUGUGGGGCACACCAUGGGGCACAGUGUGGGGCACAAAGUGGGGCAGCUCUGGGGUGUGCUGGGGGGGCACGGGCUGGUGCGGGGCACAAUGUGGGGCACAAUGUGGGGCACGCUGUGGGGCGCUAUGGGGCGCUAUGGGGCGGACACCGGAUCACCCCACGGCCUCGCCCCACAUCUGACCCCACAGACGGCGACGCCGACGGUGUGAAUGGCGCCGUGGAAAUGGGUGGGGCGGAUUCGGAUUCCGGACAGCGGGACGGGAAUGGAAACCAGGUGCUGCCCCGCGUGUCGCACGAGGAGGUGAACCAGCGCCUGAACAACCUCUACAGCCUCCUGCUGGAGCUGCAGGUCUGUGGGGCGGCGCUGUGGGGCGCCAUGGGGUGGUGUUAUGGGGCUGACGCUAUGGGGCGCCGUGGGCAGCGCUGUGGGGCGCCAUGGGGUGAUGUUAUGGGGCUGACGCUAUGGGGCGCUGUGGGGCGAUGUUAUGGGGCUGACGCUAUGGGGCGCCGUGGGCAGUGCUGUGGGGCGCUAUGGGGCAGCUCUGUGUGUUAUGGGGCCGCUCCGCGCUAUGGGGUGCUAUGGGGCAGCUCCUUGCGCUAUGGGGCGCUAUGGGGUGCUAUGGGGUGCUACGGGGCCGCUCUCUGUGCUAUGGGGCGCUGUGGGGCCGCUCUCCGUGCUAUGGGGCGCUAAGGGGCAGCUGUCUGCACUAUGGGGCGCUACGGGCGGCUCCGUGCUAUGGGGCGCUAUGGGGCGCUAUGGGUCAGCUCUGUGCUAUGGGGAGCUAUGGGGCGGAUGUCUGUGCUGUGGGGAGCUAUGGGGCGCUAUGGGGCCAGCCUCCGCACUAUGGGGCGCUAUGGGGCCGCUCUCCACGCUGUGGGGCGCUAUGGGGCAGCUCUCCGUACUAUGGGGCGCUACGGGGCCGCUCUCCGUGCUAUGGGGCACUAUGGGGGGAUAUGGGGCACUACAGGGCUGCUCUCUGCGCUGUGGGGUGCUGUGCGGCCGCUGUCCGCGCUAUGGGGCGCUAUGGGGCGCUAUGGGGCAGCUCCGUGCUAUGGGGCGGCUCUGUGCUCUACGGGGCGCUGUGGGGCCGCUGUCCGCGCUAUGGGGCGCUAUGGGGCGGCUCUGUGCUAUGGGGCGCUAUGGGGCGAUAUGGGGCGCUAUGGGGCAGCU